GCUUUAACUAGGGUGGGUCCUGGCUGUGGUUUGUUGUCGUUUUUGAGUUUCCUCUUGUUCUUAAAGACAAACCCCCUUUAAAAAAAAAAGAAAAAGAAGGGAAAUAGUCCCUUGCAGGACGAGAGUGUGACACCGCCACCCCGUUUUGCUCCUGCAGGGUUAAUGCGCCCCGAGCUUUGUCUGCAGGAUACCCGGGUCCGAGCAGGGCUGUUAUUGCGGGGCCAGAUGGGGAUGUGAGUCUUUUGUGUGCACCUCUCCGACAUGACCUCCAGCGUCACAGCAGAGCUGCGUGUGGGAGUUGUCUGCUGCUGCAUUGUUGUGUUGGGGGAUGAUCCUGCUGCUGCUGCUGCUGCUGCUGCACCCUAAUGCCGCUGCAAAACAAACACGUUCACAGCCCAAUCUGAUCCCCAAACCUAACCAGCACCCGAGCAGCUCUCCCCCCGCGUCACUGGCAGCAGAUAUAGGACCAAUAGGCCCGUCGGAUGUUCGGAUCGAGCUCGGAACCCGCGUCCUCCCGUAGCGGGCCGUUGCUUUGUGCGGCUGCAGGCCAGCAGGGGAACCGUCCGUGUCCUCCCCAGCAACACGGAGCAUCAAGAUGAAGAAGAAAGCUCGGCAGCACCGGGUAACGGUGCAGCAGAGGCCACCGUCUCCUAUCAAGCCUUCUCCAAACAAGCAGAUCCUGACUUACGCUCAGGCGCAGCGGAUGGUGGAGUUUGAGCUGGAUGGCCGCAUCCAACGGCUCAGCAUUUACGACAAGCUGGACGUGAUCUCGGAUGACGACCCGAUGGUCCAAGAGAUGAUGGAGUGCACCAGCAAUAAGGAGAAUGCAGACAAACCACAACAGCAGGUCCUCGUGAGGUCGGUCAGGCUUAAAAAGAACAGAGAGAAGAGAAACGCUGCACUGGGCAUCACUGCGCCUGGAGAGGGAGGCGGGCAUCAAGCUGGAGGGCAUCCGGGCCCCAAACUUCCCGAGCCUAAAUUCCGUACUGUGGAAUAUAACCUCCCAGCGGUCCCCAAACGCUCAGCUUCCUAUUUCAAGUUCGAAGAGAAGACAGAGGAAGAGCUAGACGAGGAAACGGAAUAUGACAUGGAUGAGGAAGAUUACGCCUGGCUUGAGUUAAUCAACGAAAAACGACGGAGCGAAGGCGUCAGUCAGGUGUCGCACAACGUCUUCGAGUUCCUCAUUGACCGCUUCGAGAAAGAAUUACAUCUGGAGAGUCUGGAUCAAGCCAGUGAAAGGCAGGCUCCCAUUGAUGAGGAUGCGGUUUGCUGCAUCUGCAUGGAUGGGGACUGUCACAACAGCAACGCUAUCCUCUUUUGUGACAUGUGCAACAUGGCCGUGCACCAAGAAUGUUACGGCGUGCCCUACAUUCCAGAGGGCCAGUGGCAUUGCAGACAUUGUCUACAGUUACCAACUCAGCCCGCAGACUGUAUUCUUUGUCCUAACAAAGGUGGAGCGGUGAAAAAGACAGACGAUGACCGCUGGGGCCACGUAGUGUGCGCCCUCUGGGUCCCGGAGGUCGGCUUCUCCAACACCACCUUCAUCGAACCCAUCGACGGCGUCAGCCACAUUCCUCCAGCGCGCUGGAAGCUCACCUGUUACAUCUGCAAGGAGAAAGGUGUCGGUGCAUGCAUCCAGUGCCACAAAGCGAACUGUUACACUGCAUUUCACGUCACGUGUGCCCAAAAGACUGGCCUCUUUAUGAAAAUGGAGCCGAUAAAAGAGGUAGGAGAAACGGGCGAGCCCAUCCUCUCCGUUAGAAAGACGGCCUACUGUGGAGCUCACACACCUAAUGGGUGCGUGAAGAGACCUAUUUCCGUCUAUGAUGAUUGCAAAUCCAAAAAUGGACUAUCUAAGAAAGCAGAUAAGGGAAGGAGAGUUGGUAAAGGACAUUCGAAAGGGAAACAGAAAAAGAAGAGUAAGGGCAAGAAGCCUGAGCCCGAAGAGGAAAGUGAGGCUGUGGUUCCUGCUGUUGUGCCAACUUUUCCUGCGAAUAGAUUACAAACCAUUUUGAACCAGGUGUCGAUACAGAAGAAGAAAGCUUUUGUGGAGCUGGUUCUGAAUUAUUGGACACUGAAAAGACAAUCCCGGAACGGCCUCCCUCUCAUCAGACGUCUUCAGACGAGCUCGCAGGGGCAGAAGAACUCGCAGCCGAGGCAGAACGAGGAGGAAAGCAGGUCGUUGAAGGAGCAGCUGAAGGAAUGGCACCGGCUCCGACACGACCUGGAGAGAGCGCGGCUGCUGCUGGAGCUGAUUCGCAAGAGAGAGAAGCUAAAGAGGGAAGAGAUUAAACUAGAGGAAUCCCUUCUGGAGAUGCAGUUGACACCAUUUAGCAUUUUGCUCCGAGCCCUCUUGGAUCAGCUCCAGGCGAAAGACCAGGCCAGGAUCUUCACGCAGCCUGUCGAUGUGACUGAGGUGCCUGAUUAUCUUGAUCACAUUAAGCGCCCCAUGGAUUUCUCCGCCAUGCGGCAGCGCAUCGACGCCCAGGGCUAUAACAACUUUGACCAGUUUGAAGCCGACUUCAACCUCAUUAUCGACAACUGCAUGAAGUACAACUCGAAGGACACCUAUUUUUACCGGGCCGCCGUUCGACUCAGAGAUCAGGGCGGAGUGUUGCUCAGGAAGGCGCGGCGAGACGUGGAGAAAAUCGGCUUCGACAAAGAGAGCGGCAUGCACCUGGCAGAAGUCCCUGAAACCAAAGCGGCGCCUACGUUUUCUUGGGAAGAUGUGGACCGAUUACUGGCUCCAGCCAGUCGGCAGCACCUCCCGCUGGACCGGCAGCUGCAGCAGCUCCUGGAGAAGCUGGAUCUGACCUGUGGCAUGAAGUCCAGCCCGUCCCGCAGCAAACGCCUCAAACUGCUCAAAAAGACCAUCAACGACGUGCGCAGUGAAAUAAGCCUCAAGAAAGUUCUCCCCGCUCACCAUCACUGUUCUUCAUCGGCUCCAACGUCGGCGUCCUCUUCGUCAGCCCCCUCCAUGCCGGAGCUGAGCAGACCUAAAGAAGAGAGGCCCAAGCUGAACGGCCACUUUCCCGAAGAUGAGGUCGACAAGUCCCUUCCUCCCAAGCUGGAGCCGUCAGAUUCCAUCCCUCUCCUCAUCCACUCGGACGCCGACCCGGGGCCCCCGACCCUCAAACCCAUCGAAGCUUCCCCAGACUGUGAAGAUCAGACCAACGGCAAGCGAGGGAGGUUGGACGGGGAAAUACCAGACCUGUUCUCCUUCCCCCCGCGCCUCAACGGCCACUCCCACGACAGCCUCCAGUGCGCUCUGCUGGACGGAGACGUGAGCGUGGUGGCCACCUCCACCCUGGCCGAGCCCACGGGCACGGUGAACCGCCGCACGGCCGUCCUCUUCCGCAAAUCAAAGACGGCCAGCCCACACAAGCCCCCGAGGAUCGCCGACGAGGAGUCGGACAGAGCGGACAGAAAAGACAGCGAGGAGGAAGAGGACGAAGACGGCACGCAGAUGGGCUCUAAAUCCUUCCUGUCGGUGGUCAUACCCCGACUGGAGACGCUACUUCACAGCAAGAAGAGGAAGCACGCUGACGGCAGGGAGAGGGAGGAGGAGGGAGGAGAGGCAGAGCAUCAGGAGGAGGGAGAGCCUCCCGUGAAAAGGCCUGACACUGGCCCGCCGAGGGGGUUUCUGGAGGUGGCCGAGGAAAAGAAGCAGCUUGGCCAGAACAGCAGAACCGGUCGACCCGUGGAGCCCCGACGGCGGUGCGCAUCAGAGUCCUCACUAUCGUCAUGUAACAGUUUGCCGGGAAACGCCAGCACAAUUCCCAGUCUGCCGAAAUGUGGAAAAGGGAAACCGGCUCUGGUUCGUAGAAACACUGUGGAUGAUAAGAGUGAGCUCAUUGCUUGCAUCGAAACUGGGAACUUUGCAAAAGCUGCACGAAUAGCUGCAGAGGUUGGCAACAGCAAUAUUUGGAUGCCUGCUAGUGCUGCAACAGUUGCGUUGGAACCCUUAAAGCUAGUUUGGGCCAAAUGUAGUGGAUACCCUUCCUACCCCGCCUUGAUCAUCGACCCCCACAUGCCGCGCGUUGGAUGCCAGCACAACGGGGUCUCCAUCCCCAUUCCCCCCAUGGACGUGCUGCGCAUCGGAGAGCAGAUGCAGUACAAGGCCGAAGAGAAGCUCUUCCUCGUCCUCUUCUUCGACAACAAGCGCAGCUGGCAGUGGCUUCCUAGAUCCAAGAUGGUUCCUCUGGGGAUAGACAAGACCAUCGACAAGAUUAAAAUGAUGGAAGGACGCACAUCCAGCAUCCGGAAGGCCGUGCAGGUCGCUUUCAGCCGCGCCAUGAACCACCUGAGCAUCGUGCAGGACGAGCCAGUCAGCGACCUCAGUGAUGUGGACUGAUGACCGACGAUGCCACCGGCUCUCUGGCCCCCCUCACACACAAAUUAGGUUCCCGUACCAAAUAGCUUCCCACAAUGCCACAGCGGCCCCUCACCCCCCUCCGUCUCUGCAGGAGACUGAAAUGUUUACUGGGCACCUGCUGUAACAGGUGGCGUCAGGGAUGAAUGUGUCGUAUCUCUGCACCUCCAGGCUUGUGACCGUGAUGCGAGAGCCUCUUUUUGUCUCUGCCAGCCUCCCUCCCACCACUGCUACUGCUACUUUUUAUUUAUUAUUUCAAAGCAAAAGGACCGAUUUCAAGUGUUGGUAGCCUUACCAAAUGUGUCGGAGUGGACGAAAGUCAAACUGCAGCCAUUUUUUUUUUUGGUCUGUUUUGGAAUAAAUACAAUUUAAGCUACACUCAUGUCAGCUCCAUUUGCAGAUCCCUUCUGUAUUUAAACUGUAAAUAAUCUGUAUAAGAUGCUCGACGCUAACUUAUUUUGUAGUUUGGACAUACAUGGGUACUGUACAGGUGUUUUCUUAGUAUUUAUACGUCUUGGAACUAAGACACGAGUGCUUUCUUUCCGAUGCUGUAUGAUAAAAAUAGAGGGAGAAAAAAAAUAAAGCGCAAAGUCCUUAGUAAUAAGGAUGUUAGUUGUUAUUUUGUUGUUUUUUUUGUUUAUUUUUGAAAAGUAUGACAUUUUCCUUUUUUCAUUGUUUAAGUUAUUGAAGUUUAUAUAUUAAUCAUUUGUAUUAAGAAUAGUUUUAGUAUAUUUUUGUCCAUAUAUACAUAUAUAAAUAUAUAUAUAUAUAUUUAUAUGAUUUGAAGACAUGGUAUACGGUAUGUACGUCUCUGAAGCUCAUACAGGCAGUCGGAUGUUGUGGACAUGGAACAUAAAGUUCUCAAGAAACCAAAAAUGUUGCUACCCAGAAAUUUUUUCAUGAUCAAGUUUUUGUCGUAAGAAACGGUUGCCAAAAAAAAAAAAGAGGAAAAAAUUGAAGUGUAUUUUUUAUGUGAUGCAUUUGACUGUUACUUGGUUUUGCUGUAAUUGUAAGAAGAUGUGCCUGCGUUAACUUAUUGUAAAGUAUUUGCAUUACUUUAUACUCGAAGAGAGAAAUCCAGAUUGGUUGUGAUAGUGUCACAUUUAGUGGUGGAUACCUGCCUUCUUUUUAAGUAACCUUUUUCUAACUUUUUUGUAGUAGUAGACUUUAACGCAUUUCAUUUUUUUGUUUGUUUUUUGUUUUCUUUUCUGUUUAGUUUUUUUUAAUGCAGCCACCUGUUUUCUCUGGGGUAGCAUUGAGCUGUUUUUUUGUAUACUUCAUUUUGUACUUACAGUAAGUUUUUUUUUUUUUCUUCUUUUUUUUUUUUUAAAUCGGUCUAAAAAUAUUUCUGGGACUUUUUUUUUAAGUAAAUCAAAAGUAAAAAUACAAAUAAAAAAAAA